CACUGGGAGGGCCACAAAACGGCGACUAUUUCAGCGACAUCGGGAAGUUCCUGGCCGCGGUUUCUGGUUUCCAGAUUCUCUUGUUUUCUCUCGCACCUUGAACAUCUCCUUCGCUGAAUUGCCAUUGCAAGAAAAUCAUUAGAUACAGACAGAACAAUGUGCGGUACAGACGGAACAAACGGUGCCAAUGGCACAAAUGGCGGCUCCAAUGGGGGCGCCCAUUUCCGUUCGAACCCAUACCAGCCUGUAGGCGACUUCCUUUCCAAUGUUGGCAGCUUCAAGAUCAUCGAGUCGACUCUUCGCGAGGGUGAACAAUUUGCCAAUGCCUACUUCGACACGGAGACCAAGAUCAAGAUUGCCAAGGCCCUGGACGCCUUCGGUGUUGACUAUAUCGAGUUGACCUCGCCCGCUGCGUCGGAGCAGUCGCGCAAGGACUGCGAGGCCAUCUGCAAGCUUGGUCUGAAGGCCAAGAUCCUCACACAUGUUCGCUGCGACAUGCGCGACGCCAAGCUCGCCGUCGAGACUGGUGUUGACGGCCUGGAUGUUGUCAUUGGCACAUCCAGCUUCCUCCGGGAACACAGCCACGGCAAGGACAUGGCGUACAUCGAGAAGACGGCGAUUGAGGUGAUCGAGUACAUCAAGUCUAAGGGUCUGGAAGUACGAUUCUCUAGCGAGGAUUCUUUCCGCUCCGACCUGGUCGAUCUCCUGUCUCUGUACAGGGCGGUCGACAAGGUCGGCGUCCACCGUGUUGGUAUCGCUGAUACCGUCGGCUGCGCUUCCCCUCGGCAGGUUUACGACCUCGUCCGCACUCUGAGGGGCGUUGUUUCCUGCGAUAUCGAGACACACUUUCACAACGACACUGGCUGCAGUAUUGCCAAUGCCUACUGCGCUUUGGAGGCUGGAGCUACCCACAUUGACACCAGUGUGCUUGGCAUUGGUGAGCGCAAUGGUAUCACCCCUCUCGGCGGUCUCAUGGCCCGCAUGGUCGUGACCAGCCCCGAAUAUGUCAAGAGCAAGUACAAGCUGCACAUGCUCAAGGAGAUCGAGGACAUGGUCGCCGAGGCUGUUGAGGUGAACACGCCGUUCAACAACCCCAUUACCGGUUUCUGCGCCUUCACCCACAAGGCUGGCAUCCACGCCAAGGCCAUCCUCAACAACCCCAGCACAUACGAGAUUCUCAAUCCGGCGGACUUUGGCCUUACCCGCUACGUCCACUUCGCUUCGCGUCUGACAGGCUGGAACGCCGUCAAGACAAGAGUUGGACAGCUAGGCCUGUCCAUGACAGAUGACCAGGUCAAGGAAGUUACCGCCAAGAUCAAGGCUCUGGCUGACGUACGGCCGAUUGCCAUCGAUGAUGCGGACUCGAUUAUCCGAAGCUUCCACCUGACCCUUCAUGAGCAGCCCGGCAAGGCCCCGCCGGUCGAGAUUCGAAAUGGCGAACCGGUCGAGAUCGCGAACGGGCAGUAAGUUGCUUGGGAGAUGCUCUCGGAGUUGUCUGAGGGAAGUUUCAUUUUGUCGUUGGGCCACAUCAUUCGGAGUUGGUUGAUUAUUCGGGAAAAGGCAAUGUUUGUUCAAAAGUCUGCGCAUAUAUGUACCAGAUGCGGAACAGAAAGGUUCUGCAAGGUGAAGAUCAAUGCAAACCGGGGACUUGAGUCCUGUAUUUGUUCAGCACA